AUGUCUCGCGUCGUGGGUGGCAUCAACGCCCAGCCAGGGGCGUGGCCCUGGAUCGUCAGCAUCCAGCAAGUAGUGGGAGCAGGACUGGGGCACAUCUGUGGAGGGUCCCUGAUCAGCUCCCAGUGGGUGCUCACGGCAGCUCACUGCUUCGUUGGGACGGGCAAGACCUACUACGUGGCGGCAGGGAUCACCUACUUCUCCAACCCGGAGCCCGAGACCCAGCUGCGCUUCGUCAAGCGAGUGCUGCUGCACCGCGGCUACGACAACGCCACCAUGAGCAACGACAUCGCCCUGCUGGAGCUGGACCACCCUGUGCGCUGCGGCUACCACGUCCAGCUGGCCUGCGUGCCCGACCCCUCGCUGCGCGUCGCCGAGCUCAGCAACUGCUACGUGGCCGGCUGGGGAUCCACCAGGGCCAGAUCUGGGACUACACCGCUGGGGCUGCAGGAGGCCAAGGUGCACCUCAUCGACCUCCGCCUGUGCAACAGCACCCACUGGUACGCGGGAGCUGUCCACAGCCACAACCUCUGUGCUGGCUACCCCCAGGGGCGCAUCGACACCUGCCAGGGCGACAGUGGAGGUCCCCUCAUGUGCCAGGCCAAAAACGCUGACUACUUCUGGCUGGUGGGGCUGACCAGCUGGGGGACAGGCUGUGCCAGGGCAAGGAAGCCUGGCAUCUACACCUCCACCCAGCACUUCUACAGGUGGAUUCUGGUCCAGAUGGGACUAUACCCAUCAUCUUUUGAGUAGAAAUAAAGAUUAUAUUGGUUCAUACCUAA